GAACUAAAAGAUCAAAUGGCAUCAAGAAUGUUCAACGCAGGAGUGACCGAGGGACAAUCAACCACGAGGCCACCUUUGUUCGAUGGAACAAACUACUCGUAUUGGAAGGUGAGGAUGAGAAUCUUUAUCCAAUCCAACGACUACAAGCUAUGGUUGAUUGUGAAGAACGGCUGCGGAGUCCCGAUGAAGAAAGUCGGUGAAGUCAACGUUCCCAAAACCGAAGAGGAGUUCCACGACGAAGAUUGCAAAAAGAUGGAGCUCAACGCAAAAGCAAUAAACAUGAUUUAUUGCGGUGUUAAUGCGGAUGACUACCGCAAAAUUUCGCGGUGUGAAACCGCAAAACAAAUGUGGGAGAAAUUGGAGGUCACCUACGAAGGAACCGCGCAGGUUCGGGAGGCCAAAAUCGACCAUCUUACUCACGAGUACGAACUCUUCUCAAUGAAGGAAAACGAGAAGAUUGAGGAAAUCUUUGAGAGGUUCUCUAACAUCAUUAAUCCUCUCAAUCUUCUCGGGAAGACCUACACCGACCGAGAGCUCGUGAGAAAGGUGCUACGAAGCCUAUCCCCCAAAUGGCGUUCAAAGGUGGACGCAAUCGAAGAAGGUCGUGACUUCCAAACAACGACUUAUGAUGCUCUUCGAGGUAAUCUUAUUACCUACGAAACCACCCAACUCUCAAAGGUGGUUGAAGAGAGGAACAAGAGGUCUGUUGCUCUACCCGCAACAACAUCAACCCACAACAACGUUGAUGAAGAAGAUGAUGACAGCGACGACACCGACCUCGGACUCUUUGUCCGAAAAUUCAAGAAGAUGAUGCUCAAGAAGGGAGCCAAGAAGAAAACUCCACCCAAAUGCUAUGGGUGUGGUGAAAUUGGACACACCAAACCAAUGUGUCCGAAGCUCAAGAACGAGAAGGACAAGAGGGCACCGAAGAAGCAACGUGCCUACAUCUCUUGGGAGAACGACGGCUCCGGGAGUGAAGACUCAGAAACGGAGGAAGUGGCCAACUUAUGUCUCAUGGCCAUUGAAGAUGGUGAUACAUCAAAAGAGGUAAGUGAUCAAGAACCUUCUCCCAAUGAU